CGUCGGAAAAGAGAAAAAAGAAAGCAGCAAAGCAAGCAUUAGCGAAAGCAGAGCGUGUACAGAAGAACUCAAGGGAAAUAGUUUGAAAACACUGAACCGAAGUAAAGAGCUAUUCUAUUGGAGUCAUUUUGGCCGCGCGUCUAAAUUUUCAAUUCUCCUGCCUGUAACAGAACUGUGAGCGCGCGUUUCCCUUUAACGCUCCCCCAGCUAUAAUAACAAAAGCUUCUACAUGAUGUCGUCGGACCAACAGUUUUUUCUAAAAUGGAACGAUUUUCAAACGAAUAUGGUGACCUCGUUCCGUCACUUGCGCGAUGAGAAGAGCUUCACAGAUGUAACACUCGCCUGCGAAGGCCAAACCUGCAAAGCACACAAAAUGGUGCUUUCAGCUUGCAGUCCCUACUUUAAGGCGCUAUUGGAAGAGAAUCCCUCGAAGCAUCCCAUUAUCAUACUGAAAGAUGUGUCCUACAUACACCUGCAGGCAAUACUGGAGUUUAUGUAUGCCGGCGAAGUAAAUGUGUCGCAAGAGCAGCUGCCGGCAUUUCUUAAAACCGCCGAUCGACUCAAAGUGAAAGGUCUGGCAGAGACACCUAGUUCUAUAAAGCGGGAGGGUUGAUGGUAUUUAAACAAAUAAAAACAAAUAAACACAACUAUAAGAACUUAUAUAUGCAAGCAAGAAAACAAAAUUCCAACAAAAGAAAGAAAAUAGUGGAACAUAGCAAAACACCAUUUGAGAUAUACACACAAGGUUCAUUUCAAAAACCAAUGCACACCCACAGGCACACAAAGUUGACAGAUAUACGAUAGUUCAAACAAAAAGUAACGUUUACGAUUUUAUGAGUCCCCUCCUACCCUCACCUCCUUUAUAGAUCAACAGAUUUGCAAUAUUUAUGAACACUGUCGACCCAUUGAAUUUGAUUUGAAUCGUAUUUUUAAUUUCAUCAUAAAAUAGUUUGUAAUAUACUAUUCUUAAAAAUAAACAAAGAAAAAAAAACACUGUAUAAAAAGCAAAAUAUGGACAACCCUACAAAACAAAAGAAUGAGAAAACUACGCACUUUUGUAAAGUAAUUAAAAGAGAAUUCAUAAAAAAAAAUAUAUAGAAACAUAAUUAUACAUAAUAUAAUGUGAAAAAAAUGUGCAAGUAGAACGUUAAAAAUCAUCCGCAUGGCCGCGAAUAUUUACAACACAUUCAGUUAGAUUUUAAGCAACUUACUAAAAUCCACAUGUCACGCUCUUCACACACACACACACACAACACACACACACACACGACACACACUCAAGGACAGAAAGAAAAAUAUUAAUUAUGUAUAACUAAACACCUUACUUAACGCAAAAUUUUAAGUACUUUAAAUUGUUCUAAAACAUUAUUCAGCAUUCAUACCAUAAAAUAUUUGUAACAACAACAACGUUUACCGAUUGCGAUAUGAAGAUAGAAACUUGUAUGUGAAGCUAUCAAUUCUACUUAGUUUUUUAAAUAAACUUGAAAAAAAAAAAAACAAAAUAAUUAAAAACAAGAGAAAAGCGAUACUUGAAUAUUAUUACAUAAAGUAAAAUAUUUAUAUGUAUGUAUAUGUAUACAUGUGAGCAUAGAUU